AUGUCAGCCCGGGCUGGGCGGGAAUUCGGAGAGCUGACGGGGGUGAAGAGCCACCCGGAGACAUCGGGCAGGAGGCUGGGAGCAGGACUCCAGCCCACACACAUCGGCGAGGACAGGCUGGUGCUGUGCCCCACCGGACAUUUUGCAGCCAACGUGGAAACGCUAAACGGGGAGCAAACGUCUUGCCCCACAUGUGGGGAAAAACUGACCAAGACCAGAGGGAUCGAAGUGGGGCACACAUUUUAUCUGGGCACCAAGUACUCCUCCGUCUUCAACGCUGUCUUCUACUCCGCCGACAACAAGCCCCAGCUGGCAGAAAUGGGCUGCUACGGCCUGGGCGUCACUCGCAUCCUGGCAGCCUCCAUCGAGGUGCUCUCUACGGAGGACAGCAUCCGCUGGCCGAGCCUCAUCGCGCCCUACCAGCUCUGCUUGCUCCCCCCCCAGAGGGGCAAGGAGGAGGAGGAGGGAGCGGCGCUGCUGGAGCGGGUGUACGACGAGCUGGCCGAAGCGCUGCCCCACCUCGACGGCGACUCGGUGCUGGAUGACAGGACGCAGCUGACCAUCGGCAAAAGGCUGAAGGACGCCAACAAGCUGGGUUACCCCUACGUGGUCGUCGCCGGGAAGAGGGUUUGCGAGGACCCGCCGGUCUUCGAGGUCUGGGAUCAGAACGCUGGCCAGGUUUUGUUCCUCACCAAGGAAGGUGUCAUUGAGUUGCUGAGUAAAGUGCGAGUCCCUUAA